UACAAGGGUCUCAAUUGUGUAGUCGUGCAUGUUAUUGGUUGGAAUGCAAUUGUCAUUCAAAUAACUAGUAGAAAAUCUCGGGAGUUUUCUACGAAUGGGACUGAUUCCGUGGGAAUAGAUUUCAAACAAGUAAACAUUAUGUUUGAGUUUUUCGUCUUUUUUUCUUCAAUAUUUAGCGUCUUUAGCGACGCUUUGCCUCUACUCAGUGAGGAAGUAUCAGUUAUGGAUGAUGUAUGGGAUGCACUGACUUAUAAACUACUUGUUUAUGGUGCAGCAACUGUUGCCAUAGGAACCACUAUUUACCUUGUUGUUCAGAAAAGACACUUUACAUCGCCUGGUAGUCUUCAGAAACAAUCAGUUUUGCUUCCUGGCGAUGAACGGAUUCAUAUCUCUCCAUUCACAAAAAUCAGAGAGGAUGGCACUCCGGAUCUACUUUCUUACACCUAUGAAGAUGGCAGAACACUUUACCAAGCAUUUGUCCGUGGAUUGGCACAAAGUAAUAAUGGACCAUGUCUUGGUUGGAGACCUGGGCCAACAGAGUCUUACAAUUGGUUGUCCUAUCAGGAGGUGCUAGACCGUGCAUUUGCUGUAGGCUCAGCAAUAGUUGAGAAGGGGUAUGCCUCCGGUCAGAGUACAUAUAUCGGUAUUUAUUCCAACAACAGACCAGAGUGGGUUAUUGUAGAACAAGCUUGCUUCCGAUUCAACAUGGUAACUGUACCACUCUAUGACACAUUAGGUCCUGAUGCAUGCGUUCAUAUAAUUAAUCAAGCUGUGAUUCCUGUGGUGUUCUUGGACACGACUGAGAAAAUAUACAAACUUUUGGAAAAGGCAGAGGAAACACCUUCAUUGAAGAUAAUUGUUCUGAUGGUGGGUGAAGUAAGUGCAGAAUUGAAAUCAGCUGGUGAAAGCAAAGGAGUAGAAGUGAUAAGAUUUGAUGGAAUGUUGAAGCUUGGCCAGGAGCACCCACACAAAGAACAGCUACCAUCCCCUGAAGAUGUUGCUACAGUUUGUUUCACAAGUGGUACCACAGGUCUCCCCAAAGGUGUUGUCCUCACUCAUGCCUGCUUGAUAGCUGACAUUGCUGGUGUCUUUAGGCAUAUACAGGAAAAUGUUGAAUUCACUACAAGCUCCAAACACUUUUCCUAUCUUCCAUUAGCUCACAUGUUUGAAAGGGCAAUACAGGGUGUUGUGUACUUACAUGGUGCACAGGUUGGUUUUUUUCAAGGGGAUGUGAAGAUUUUAACUCAGGACAUUCAAGCCUUGAAACCCCAAUUGAUCCCUGCAGUGCCACGUGUUCUAAAUCGGAUUUAUGAUAGGGUCAUCGGACAGGUCAACUCUUCUGGAUGGUUAAAGCGCACUUUGUUUUCUAUGGCACUAAAUUCAAAGAAGAAAGCAUUUGACAGAGGGGAAAUUCAGUUUGACACCAUUUGGGAUAAACUAGUGUUCAAGAAGAUUCAGGGAAUCCUGGGUGGUGAACUCAGGUUAUUGGUCUCUGGGGCUGCCCCACUGUCUGCUGAUAAGAUGCUCUUCUUCAGGUCAGCUAUGGGAUGCUGGGUAUCUGAGGGUUAUGGUCAAACAGAGUGCACAGCUGCAUGCACUUACAGUUAUCCUGGAGAUCUCACCUGUGGUCAUGUUGGAACAGUCAUCCCCUCCUGUAUGAUCAAGUUGAUAGAUGUACCAGAUAUGGGAUACAGUGCCAGCGAAGAUAAGGGAGAAGUUUGUGUGAAAGGACCAAUAGUUAGCAAGGGGUACCUGAAAGAUGAAGCCAGAACCAAAGAGACAUUUGAUGAAGAUGGUUGGUUACAUACUGGUGAUAUUGGUGAAUGGAUGUCGUCUGGGCAGCUGAAGAUCAUUGAUCGUAAGAAGCACAUCUUCAAAUUAUCUCAAGGAGAGUAUAUUGCACCGGAGAAGAUUGAGAAUGUCUACAUCAAGUCUGUAUUUGUUGCUCAGGCUUUCGUUUUUGGUUACAGUCUCAAGUCAUGCAUUGUGGGCAUUAUCAUACCAGAUGAAGAGCAGCUUAUGAAGUAUGCCAAAGAAAAGUCCAUUAACAUGACGUUCCAAGAACUCUGCAAAAAUCAGGAUAUCUGUGAUAUGAUAUUUGAAGAUAUGGAAAAAGUAGCAAAGGAUGGAAACUUGAAGAGUUUUGAAAAGGUAAAGAAGAUUCACCUAUCCAGUGAGACAUUCAGCGUUGAGAACAACCUUCUGACACCUACAUUUAAAAGUCGUCGCAAAACAAUCGAAAAUGCCUAUAAGAGUGAAAUUGAUGCUCUUUAUGAGCAAGUUGAACCUGCUACGCCUACACCAAGUGCAUAAAAGCGAUAACAAUUGUUUUGGGUGUGUUUUUUUUAAAUAUUUAACUGUAUCGUAGGGUUAGUAAUAACCUUGAUAUUUUAGUUAAAAUUUAAGUAAUUUGUAAAGUGAUAACCCUUGUUGUAUAAUUCUGUGUCAAUUUUGUAUUUGUCUUUUUUUUUCUAGGUUUGUUUUUGUCUUUUAAUAUAUUUUUCUAGACUAAUUCUAUCUAUCUGUAGUUUAUAUCUGAUUCAGACACGAAAAAAUCUUAGCAUACAUCCACUGCUACAUUAUGUCCAUGUGAAUGCACACUCGUGUAAUAUUGUCAUAUGUCUGUGUAAUAUCCAUGAUGGAAAAACAGACAUUGUAGAGGCCUGUAACAUUCCUGAGAUAUUUAGCAUGGAUUUAUGUGCAUGGUAAAGGAGCACAGCUUAUCAUUGACUGAGAUGCCAUAUGUAUCUUCGCUAUCUGUAUACCUUCUCUGUCUGUUUACCAGUUGUACUUGAUGUUAGCAUGCUUUUAAUUCACUUUAGUGUAGACAACAGUAUCACACUACAAAAAUCUGUAUGACAUUUUAUCUUUUGUGAGUUAGGUUUAUAAGUCUUUGAGAGUGUCUGGUAUAAAAUGCCUUUGCCAGUUAAUGGAUAAAGCCUCCAUGCUGAAAUCAAACUACUCAGGGUAUUUUAAACUUGAUUAACAGAUUUAAUGCAAAUUUACCGUCCAAGGGAUCAUUCAUUUUGACAGGAGUACAAAGCACAAAUUAGGAAGAGUGGUCAACAAUGUAUGUACUCCAUUAUCAUAUGAUCUCAUUUAAUGACAACAGUCAUAUUAUGUAAACAUUUUUUGGGAAAUUAAGGAGUCACAGAAAAGAGUAUGUUUCAAUUUAUAAGUAUCUAAAUAUUGUUUUUAUAAUUAAUCUUGGCUUUCUAUUAAAAAUCAAAAUGGAAAAGCAAAUCCCUUGUCAAUCAAUGGACAUAUGAAUAAUAUUAUCUAUAUUUUGUGGAUAGACUCUUAAAGAAUUUUGUAGUAAAGUGUUUGUAAAUCAAAGAAUAUUUAUGUUCUUAAAUGUGUAUCAUAUUUUUUAAUGGGCUAAUCAGUGAUUUCACUGAGUUUGUAGGUUUUCCUCAGUUUUUAUAGACACAUCUAUACUCAGGUUUUUAUUGUAAUAAUAAUCAUUUUGAUUAUUUAUAGCGCUCCAGUAUCUGUUCUGAGUAAAAUUUACUCAUGGUGUAUUCACUUCUUAAACUGUAUGGUAGACUUCUUAAUGCAUAUUAAAAUUUAAAUCAAGUUCACCUAUUAGCCAAUUAAUAGUUAUUUAAAGAAACAUAACAUUUUUUGGGGUACUUGGGUUUUUUUUAUUUGAUAGAAUAAUUUUUAUAUGCAGAUAAUUAGCAUGGCCGUAUUCAUUACAAAGCAAUGUAUCUUGAUUUUUAAGUUUUGUACUUAAUUGCUGUUGGAAACAAUGCACAGUUUAAUUGAUGUGUAGACAAUACUAUACCAUUAGAUUGUAUACAUUUUCGAACAGGAUAAUUAUAGAAAAUUUAUUUUGGUGAAUGCUGAAGUUACAUGUUACGCACAAUAUAUUCUUUGUUUUAUGCUUUUAUAAAUUUUGUGUAAUAUAAUGGUAUCAAAGAUAUCUAACCUUUUAAUUUUUAGAUAAGAAAUUUUAUAUUUUUAUUUAUAGUUUGGGGAAUUUAAUCCAUAAUUUAUAAAACUAUACUUGUGUGGGAAUUUUAAAUUAACAAACUAUAUACAUUAUUUCUGAUAAUGUGUUCUUGGUAUACCUUUCAAGUGUUAAAGAAACAAUAAAUUUGGUCAUAGGCGUUUUAUGUAAAGCUUACUGUUACAUAAUUGUAAAGCUAGUUUUUAAAUUUUUUUAUAUAAAGUUCCUUUUCCGAUGCCAGCAAUUACAGUUUAGGUUUGAUAACAUGUUCUAUGCUGUUAAACAGUGGUGGCGCUAGUGGGGGUUCUACCUACCACCCAUCCUCUUACGUCGAGAUGGGUAGCAGUAAUUAUAAUUUGUUGGGGAGAAAUAACUUCUAUGAUUUUUUUUACAGAAUUUGAGACUCUAAAAUCGAUUAAUGUGAGCCUUCUAAUCCCUAAAUGUUUUGGUGUUUCUGGGAGCUUCGUCCCCCCACCCUUGAUUCCCUUUGGGGUUCUGAGCCGCCCUGUCUCACUCACUUAUGCAAUUCUAUGGGAAAUUGACCUUCGUGUCGGGUACAUCUCUCUCCGUCGGGAAAAUCCUGGCGCCACCACUGCUGUCAAAAUGUUUCUUUGAACGUUUAAUAAAAAUGAGCUCAGGGUACAAUAAUUAAUUACGUAAAUGACUAUAUGUAUUGGUUGUCACUUGUAAUGCAUUACUACUUCAAAGUGCCUUUUGUAAAUUGACGAGUUUUUAAAUCUCUGUAAUUAAUAUUUGAGAGGAAGCUUUCGGUUGCUUGAUGACGGUAAGAUCUAGGACAUAAUGUCUUCAUGUGCUGAGUUAUCUUUGCAUGCUCUCGUCUUCUGAAUUAUAGGACGUGCAGAAAACCCAAGAUAAGUAUGGACAAUAACCUGUCUUAAAGUGCAUUUACACCAAAUUUUAAUAACUUAAGUCUUCUAGCGUUCAGCGUAUCGACAUCGUUUUGUUCGGAUCCGAUGUGAAUGCAGCUUUAGGUUUGUGUUGUCAAGGCAAUGGACAACUCGGGUGAAGUGAUAUACUCAAUGCAUGUUGAGCUAAUUUGAGAUCGAAAAAGAACAUGAUAUUCAGUUGAUGAUAAACUAUGAACCAUUCCACUUAUUAUUAAAGUAGUAAAUGAACAAAUAAAAUAAUACUACAGUAUGUACAUUUCAUACAGUUUGUUAUCACCAGUCCUGUCUGACACUGACCAGGCAACUCAUGAGAAGGCCAGGGCAAAUGCAGGGGCACAUAUUUUUCUAUGGAUUCACCUCUGGUCUGUUGUUAAAGUAACUUAAUUGUCAGUAGUGCAUUGCACUGUCAAUCUUCCAUUUAGAUAAACCUAUAUAUUUGCCAAGUAGGCCUAUAUAUUUUCACUGAAUUCGUUUUUACUGUUUUGAACUUUAAUAUCCACAAGGUUCUAUGCCUAAUAAAUCUGCUGUAGCAACAA